AUGUUGUCUUCUAUGCCUUGUCAAGUUUUCACAUUGGGAGAUCCCAAUAAGAAGUGGAUGGAUAUACAAUGCGGCAUUGGAAGUCACUAUCCAUCUGGAACUCCAGUUUGCAUCAACGGGGUAAUCUAUUACAAAGCAGUGAUAAGGUAUCCGAACCGGAGUGAUGUUUUGUUGAGUUUCGAUGUUAGGUCCCAGAGAUUUAAUCAUGUUCAGGGUCCCGAUAACAGGCUGAUUUCCCUUGAAAAUUCCACUCUUAUAAACUACCAAGGGAAGUUAGCAUGCAUAUGUCGCAAUAACACCUUCUUCAACAAGGAUGUGGAUAUGUGGGUUAUGGAGAAUGCCGAGAAACAAGAAUGGUCCAAACUUACAUUUUUAGGCAUGCUUCAAGGUUUAACAAGUCGGGUCAGAAUUGCGAAGGUCACUCCUCCUGGUGGUGAAGUCGUUGUAGUCCAUAAUGUAAAGUGGAGUAAGCAUGCAUCAUAUGUUUAUUACUAUGAUCCGAAACGAAAUAUUCCUAGAAGAGUCGAAAUCCAAACUACAAUUUCGUCACAAAGAUUAACCCCUAGUAAUCACUUUACAGUGUGGCCUGUGACGGAUCAUGUUGAAAAUAUCACGUCUUUGUAA